CAGCACCAGCAGCAGCAACCACCUCAGCCCGCAAAAGAGCUCUUCUCUAUUGACAGUCUCCGGGAGAUUGUGGACAAGCAGCCGCUGGCCCGUCCUGACCCAUUUGACCCGCCGUCGCCGCCCUUGUCCGCCUUCCUUCCGCCGCCUCCAGAGGGCUCUAUUCGAGAGACACAGCCUGCAGCACAGUCCAAUGCCGUCCCACAGUUUGGCAGUCUGUCCAACGGUGGUCAACAGGAGCUCAUUCAUCAUCAACAACAACAACAGCAGCAGCUGUACAGCAGCCAGCCCCAGCAGCAGCAGAUCAUUCACCAGCAGUACGCUGCCCCGCCCCAGCAGGCCCCCAGCAGCUACGUGUACAAGGAAACCAUCGUCGAGUCGCCCAUUGGCGGCUCUUCAGCGGCUACCUCUGGAGCCGGCGGCGGAGUGGUGCACACCUCGGCCACCUCUCUUAACGAGGAGAGCGAGUUGCCGGCUGAGGAGGGUGAAGACGAAG